UAGUUCUCGCAACUUAAGGACUACUCGAGCACCGAAGCCUACACCGCACCUCCGCAAACAUGUACAAGCUGUUUGUCCUCGCCGUCGUCGUGGCCCUGGCCGCUGCAGCACCUGCACCUGAGCCUGCACCUGAGCCUGCACCUGCACCUGCCCCUGGAUACAUCGCAUCGCCCCUGGUCUCCGCCUACACCUCACCUGUGGCGUAUUCCCUGCCAUUGACCUACAAGACCUACUCGUCUCCGCUGACCUACGCCGCACCUUAUGCCUACGCACCUUAUGCCUACAAGGCUGGAUAUGGAUAUGGAUAUGGAUACUUGUGAGCUGCCCAGGCUAGAAGGAAAAAUGGAAAGAAUCGUGCUCCAACCCACCGACCAACUCGGACGGAAUCGCAAACUCUUCAGCAAAGCGGCUGACUAAUCCCACGCAUCGCACAAUCUAUUUCGAUCUUGCCGGAAAAUAAACCACAAAUGUAUUUUCCAAAAACCU